GUCGCUGGAGUUCCGCAAACAACAUAGUGUUUGGUAAACAAUAACGUAGCCCGCGGAUUUGUAAACUAGCUAACGUUAACUUCGAUGUUUUAAUAUUUUUUAUAUUUAAAUAUUUGUAGCUCGCAAUGGCGCAGAAGGUGGGAGGUCGUGAAUAAGUUGAUAUGGUUAGUUAGUAAGCACGUUGUCUUGGUGACCGAUAUUUUGUCGUGAUAAAUCUGACAGCACAAGCUAACGUCGUUAUCUAGCUAACUAGAUAGUAACGUUAGGCGCUAGUCGUUUUCUAGCAAGUUCUUACUAGCUACAACUGUCAUAUAGCUACUGUGCAACCAAGUUAUCUGAGCAAUCAAGUUAGUAUCACUGAAAUCACUAGAAGAUUUACCUGUGAACCCCCCCGCUGUGUGCUCGCUCCAUGGCUGGCCUGGGCCGCGGCAGAGGUCGCGGCAAGGGGUACAUGAGCUUCAGUAUCGAGGCAGUCGGGAUUGGGAAAGGGGAGAACCUGCCGCCUUCAAUUCUCCAGCCUACACCUCUGUUCCCUCCCAUGGAACACAAGCCUGUCCCCUUGGUGAUGGGAGAGGAAGCAGAGUACAUGUUGGCACUGAAGCAGGAGUUCAGGGGAAACAUGAAGACCCUACCAUUUUAUGUCCGCCAAGCCGUCUCCAAGAAAGAUGUGGAGCGGUAUUCUGAUAAAUAUCAGAACAGUGAGCCGUCAGACAACACCAUUGAGUGGAAUCCAGACUGGAAAAGGCUACCAAAAGAGCUUCGAAUCCGUGUCAAGAAGCCCCUAAAAGAGAACACCUCUCUUAGUGUGGAUACACCAGUGGACCCCAAACCCAGCAAAAAGACCCGGGUGGACAAAGAGGAGAUCAUCCAUAAACUAGAGGUGGGAAUAACAUUGGAGAAAAAAGAGGAGGAAGUGACCUCAGAUGAAGAGGAAGGGGAGAAGAAGAAGCAGGAGGAAGAGCAGCAAGAUGGGGAGGAGGAGUAUGAUGAAGAAGAGUUUGAAGAGGAGACAGACUAUAUCAUGUCGUACUUUGACAAUGGAGAGGAGUUCGGAGGGGACAGUGAUGAGAACAUGGAUGAGGCCAUUUACUGAUACUUUGAAAAACAACAACAACAGAGCACUGUGCAUGCCUAGGACCCAAGAGUCCUGGGAAAAUAUAUGUGACACUCCAGAACUGAGAGAGACUCCAAAGCUGAAAGGAUGUGCUGUUGUUCUUUGGUCCAUCUUGUAUACAUGGCCUGAAAUGAUCUUAACUUGACACAUGAAUCUUCAAAAUAACCCAGGAUUCAGUCAGUUCCUGACUUAAAAAAAUAAUCUCAAAUUGAGAAGCAGGUUGCACAGUUCAAACCUGCAAUAGUUUUAAAUGGCUCUUAAGUGUGGUGGUGUUAUGGAGAGAGAAGUAUGUCAUUCUUCUUAAGCCGACAUCUUUUCUCCUGACACCAAUUAUAGUAUCAUUUCUUAGAGGGUUUUUAUCCAAUUUUAGAAAUGUUAAAGAACUUUGAAGAUAUAAAAUGUCUAAUACACCAAUUUUAAUGUUAUGCUGUUGUUUUAUGUAGUUUAUAUGUAGUUCUAAAAAGUUAUGUUUUGUAAAACUUUUAUAUUCAUGUAAUAUGUAAUAUCCAAUGUUCUCUGUUAGGUUUGUUAUGAAAGAGGAUUUUACUUCACUUGAAAUUCUGAAAGAAUAAAUGGCAGCUAAUUUGUAAA